AUGAAGGCCCCGAUCGCAUCGCUACUCGUCACGGCCCUGGCCGGCGCCGCCAUGGCCCGGCCCGGGGACAAGGCGCCGCGGGCCAAGGCCGCCUUUGACCCGGCCGAGCUCAAGGCGUACAAUGCCCCCAACGCCGUCUCGAUGGAGGUCCUCAAGCAGAAGAAGCUUGACCAGCUCGCCAAGGACGAGCAGGCGGGCGUCUUUGCCAAGGACAAGUACACGCUCCAGGGCGCCACGUCGUGCGCCAGCGGCAAGGCCGGCGAGUACUCGUGCAACAACGUCGACCUCAAGGGCUUCCUGCGCCACCAGGACCUGCAGAGCCGAUCCCGCCGCGGAAACGACAUCUGGGGCUGGACCUCCUCCACUGGCCGCGAGUUCGCCAUCGUGGGCCAGGCCGAUGGAACCGCCUUUGUCGAGGUGCUCAAGGACGGAAGCCUGCAGUACGUGGGCCGCCUCCCCACGCAGACGGAGGCGUCGACGUGGCGCGACAUCAAGGUCAUCAAGAACCACGCCUACAUCGGCUCCGAGGCGCCCGACCACGGGCUCCAGAUCUUCGACCUCACCAAGCUGCUCAAGGUCGACCCCAAGAACCCGCCGAGCUUCAGCACGCGCAGCGACCUGGCGGCGCACUUCGCCGGCUUCGGCAGCAGCCACAACAUCGUCGCCAACGAGGAGACCAACACCAUCUUCGCCGUCGGCACGGCCCGCAACGAAAAGUGCCGCGGCGGUCUGUGGAUGGUUGACGUCUCGAACCCGCGCCGUCCGCAGGACAACGGCUGCGUGUCGCAGGACGGCUACGUCCACGACGCGCAGUGCGUCAUCUACCGCGGCCCUCAGAGGGACUUCCAGGGCCACGAGAUCUGCUACUGCUACAACGAGGACAGCCUGACCGUGGUGGACAUUACGAGGCGCGCGCAGCCGGUUCAGCUGUCGCGCACGACGUACAACGGGGCCACGUACACGCAUCAGGGGUGGCUGGCGACCAAGGACAUGCGAUACCUCUUGCUCGACGACGAGCUCGACGAGGAGAACGGCUCGGGGCCCGCGUCCGACGGCCACACGGCGACCUACAUCGUCGACGCGUCGGACCUGCGCAACCCCAUCUUCACCGGCGUGUACAAGAGCCCCGUCAAGUCCAUCGACCACAACCAGUACGUCAUCGAUGGCAUUUCGUACCAGAGCAACUACGGCUCGGGCCUGCGCGUGGUCAACGUCACGUCGAUUGCCGAAGACGACACGGGCUCCAAGUUUGAGGAGAUUGCCUUCUUCGACGUGCGGCCGGAGGAUGACGACAAGGGUGGCGAGGUGACGUUCAACGGGGCUUGGUCGGUCUACCCCUACUUCAAGAGCGGGUAUGUCGUGGUGAACAGCAUCGAGCGUGGAGUCUACUCUGUCAAGCUGAAUGUGUAG